CUUUAUGUAUUUCAUUUCUCCCAUUCUCUCUUGUUUUUCAAAAGUUGUCCUGGAAAUAUUGAACUACAAAACAUAACACGUGUCUCAGAAUUCCAUCUCCUGGGACUCUCAGAGGACCCAGCCCUGAUACCCAUCCUCUUUGGACUAUUCCUGACCAUGUACCUGGUCACGAUGCUUGGGAACCUGCUCAUCAUCCUGGCUGUCAGCUCUGACUCCCACCUCCACACCCCCAUGUACUUCUUCCUCUCCAACCUGUCCCUGGCUGACAUUGGUUUCAUCUCCACCACAGUCCCAAAGAUGAUUGUGAACCUCCUAAAUCAUAGCAGAGUCAUCUCCUAUGGGGGUUGCCUGACACAGAUGUCUGUUUUCAUCAUUUUUGGAUGCAUGGAUGAUCUGCUGCUGACCAUGAUGGCCUAUGACCACUUUGUGGCCAUCUGUCACCCCUUGCAUUACUCAGUCAUCAUGAACCCUCGCCUAUGUGGCUUCCUACUUUUGCUGUCUCUUUUAAUUAGCCUUUUGGACUCCCAACUGCAAAAUUUGAGUGUCUUAAACUUUUCCUACUUCAAGGAUAUAGAAAUUUCCAAUUUCUUCUGUGACCCUUCUCAACUCCUUAAUCUUACAUGUCCUGAAACUUUCUCCAGUACCAUUGUCAAGUGCUUUGUUUUUGCCAUAUUUGGUUUUAUUCCCAUUUCAGGGAUCUUUUUCUCUUAUUACAAAAUUAUUUCCUCUAUUCUGAGAAUCCCAUCCUCAAGUGGGAAGUACAAAGCCUUCUCCACCUGUGGGUCUCACCUGGCAGUUGUCUGUGUAUUUUAUGGAACUGGCCUUGGAGUGUACCUGGGUUCAGCUGUGUCACAUUCUCCCAGAACAGGUGCAGUGGCCUCAGUGAUGUACACAGUAGUCACACCCAUGCUGAACCCCUUCAUCUACAGCUUAUGGAAUAAGGACUUAAAAAACUCCCUGAGGAGGCUGUGCAGCAGAUUGUUCUGA